GCUCUAUGGGAGAUGUAGUCCCAGUCCAGUAAGGUGUUGUGCUUACUGGCGCCGGCACGGCCGGCCUUGGGAACGCCGUUGCGUUACCGGAGAUGUGUGUACACGGAGCAGCAGGCAGGUCCUGCUUUUAAGCCAUGAAAGUGACUCAUGGCAUCAUUAGAAGAAAGGAAUCUAUGCCGUGCCUGAGCUAGGCAGCUUUCCUUGUUGCCAUGGAAAACUGCCUUUUGGAUUUCUGCUGCCUGCCUACCUUUUCCAGCACACCCAGCAUCAGCUGUUGUCCAUCUCCCUGAAUGCUGCCAGUACAUUUGCACUGUUGGUGCUGAAGACACCCAGCAGGAAAGCAUAAGAGUUCAGUGCCCUGCAGAUGCCAAGAUGGAAUGGUCAUUAGAUAGUUUAAGAGACCUGGUAGCAGGUGGCAUACAUGCAGUCCGGGACUGUGAAGCCAGUGCUCUAGCUACUGUGGCCUGUUUGAUGCUGCUUUUUAUCUGGUACUGCUAUCGUGUAGGUCAAGAGCAACCAACAGCUUCUCCCCGAAGCUAUAGGGCAGUUGUGGGGGCCUCCAUGGCAUCCAUUCUUCAGAGGCCGCAUAAUAAUGUGGAGGGCUCCCAGAAUGGUUAUGCGUACUGCCAGUCCCUGGAAUGUUUUCGAUGCACAUCACACGGUGAGGGACUUAACCAGAGAUUAUACCUCAACCUUCAGGAUUAUGCCAAAAGAUACACUUGGUCCGGCAUGGGCCGGGUAUACAAAGGAGUGAGGGAGCAGGGUCGCUAUCUUGCAAACCGUCCAUCCAUCCAGAAGCCAGAAGUAUUCUUUUUGCCGGAUCUGCCUACUGCUCCCUACUUCUCACGAGAGGCUCAGAAACAUGACGUUGAGCUGCUGGAACGAAGUUUUCCCACACUGCUUGCAGAAUUUGAGGCAAUCUAUCAAGCAUUCUCCAACUGCAGCCUACCACCACAGGGUUGGAAAGCCAACAACACGCCACAUGGUGAUUGGUACACAUUCUAUCUGGUGAAUCAGGGUGUUUCUGUUCCCAUGAACUGCCGACGUUGCCCAAGAACAUACCGUAUCCUUGGUUCUCUGCGCACUUUCAUUGGGAACAAUGUAUUCGGAAAUGCCUGUUUCUCUGUGCUGACACCUGGAACACUCAUUACUGAACACUAUGGGCCCACCAAUGUACGCAUCCGCUGUCACUUGGGCCUCAGGAUCCCUGCUGGCUGUGAGCUAGUAGUUGGGGGUGAACCACAGUGCUGGGCAGAAGGCAGCUGCCUACUUUUCGAUGAUUCUUUUCUGCACACAGCUUUUCAUGAAGGAAGUGCAGAGGACGGCCCUCGAGUGGUCUUCAUGGUGGACCUGUGGCAUCCAAAUGUGGCAGCGGCUGAGCGACAGGCCCUGGACUACAUUUUUAGCCCUGGGCGGUGAUUUCCGGAAGCUGGAUGGUGCUAGUUGGCUGGGGUAGCUUUUCUUCGUCUAUGAAAGUUUAAGACUUCCAUAUUUCUGGCUGUAAAGAAGCGCUUAUGUCGCUCUUUCUGGCUCUGUUACUGUCCUGAAGGGAGAUUGACUCUCUUAGGGUCUUGUAGUUGUGUAUUGUGACCACUAGACAGCAGAGCGAGAGUUUGUGAAUUGUAUAUCAUUGACUCCAGAAACCUUGAGCUAUGGCCCAGGUUUAUUCAAUUUGGUAUGGAUGCUCUCCUCCAUGAAUUGUUGUGGUGGUCUCCUGCUUUCUGCACAUGGCAACUGGCAUCCUUUGCUUAAUACCAAGCUCAGAUCUGGCACAGCACAAUCCUUUCUAUAGCACACUUGUGUUUUGUAUUGUUUAUGUACAGCUGGCCUGUCUGGCCUUACUUCAGGGGUUAAGUGAAGCACAGGAUUGAUGGGCUUAUUUGAAUGAAGUCCCUUUUUUCAAUUUUCUCUUCAGCACACAAAAACAAAUCUGAAUAAGUUUACUCUGCAGGCAUUGGCCAGGCUGUUGUAGAAAAACUGGUGCAGUCAUUUGGAAAAGUAAACAUUAAAAUGUGUAGAUUAGCAUAUAGAAUCAGCAGCAUAUUGGGCACUUAAGGUAUGUUCAGUCCUUGGGUGUAAUGAAUUACGACUGGACCAAACCAGGUUCAUCUCUCAGUAAAGGGAACUAGCAGCUUGUGCUGCAAUUUUCAUUUUCAGUUACACAGUUGCUUGAAAUGUUUACAAAAAUUACAGCAACGCUUUGUGCACUACACUUGAACAGAGAACAGCUGUGAUAUUUUUUUUUUGGCAGAUGCAUUAAUUGUUUCUGCUGAAAGUCUUUCAGCUUUAGGUUUAUCGUAAGAGAUUCAGGCUGAAUGCAUACUGCAAGUGACACCUAUACACAGUCUUAUCAUUUCUGCAAUGUGACAUCUUAGUUGAUUAAAGUGACAGUGUGUUUGGAAUCAUUAUGUUACAGUAUUGAUCAGAUCCCAUGAUAAUGUGUCUCUUUUAUGUGGAAUACUGUGAAAAGUUUCAGACACGAAACCUAGGGUUUGAUGUGUUAAAAGACUUUAGGUGUUUAGGCACAACGUCAGCAGUUUAAGCGUGGAUAUUUAGGGAUGUUUUUAGAGGUUUGUCAAACCAUUUUUGCAUUUUAAGCUAUUCCAGGUUAUGUGCUUUAAUACAUAUGAUGAGCAAUGAUUGCAAAGUAACUUUAUUCCAAAUCCGUAUUUUAAAUGCAGUGUUACUAUGCUGUACAACUGAGUGAUGGAGCUACACGUUUUGUGUUGGAGCUUCUGGGAGGACUAAACUAAAUUCUGUGGAGUUUUACAGUGGUUGUCUUUUUGUUUUAGUCUUUCAACAUGUACUCAUUGGCAGAGUAUUAUUUUAACCCACCAUUGUUUGGCUGUUAGUUUUUAACAUUGCUGCCAACCUGCAUAUACUGUAUUGCUUGAAUCUUGGAGACACCCAUAACGUUCCCACAUUUUUCAUUAUUUAUAAUGAUCUCACAUAGUGAGUCAUACUUAUUUUUUGCUCUGGGGGUUGCCUACAUUAUACACCUGCAGUUGCAAGCUGAUGUAGUACUGCUUUACUUAACAGCUUUGAGUUGCUGGCUGAAGACAAUCAAACAAAGAUGGGUUUAGUUUUCCUUUAUAACUCCUUUCUCUUCAAGAGCUUAUUGGAUCCUGUCUUUAUCUAAUAACAACUAGUUUGCUUUAUGAAAGGCACCAAUGCUAAUAAUGCCCAGGGAAGAUUUAUAAUUUAAAAUGUACUGCAAAAACAUUUACAGUUAUUAAGUAAGCAUUUUGUUCUAAACACAUUUGGCCAUAAAAAUAUGAAUAGCAACACUAUUUUUAAAUAACAUUUCUUUAGUAAUGCUGCAUUCAUGUGCUUUAAGAGACAUUAAUAUGAAUUUUGAACAGUGAGAAUUAUUUAAUUUCUAUUCUAAGUAGAAAAUUAAUUUUGGUAGCUAAGGUUGGUCAUUUAAAAUAUUUUAGCUUUUGAUGUCGGGACCAGCUCCACCUCUAACAAUGUCAUAGCAUAUUGAUCACAAAUAUGUUAUUAGCCUGAGGUUUUCUGUGAAUAUUACCACUGAAAUUGAAAAUAUGUAAAAUGAAAAAAGUCUAAUCUGGUUCUCAAUAUGAAUGUUUUAAUGCAUGCUGCUUCUUGUUUUGAGAUGCUGAAUAGUAAUCAAAGCCUUUUAAUAUCUACUUGAAUGCAGCAAAUUCUGUAAAUAAAAUACAAUCAUUUUGACGGAGAUGCUAUAAACUGUUCAAAUUCGAUUUGAAUCGCGUAAAAAAACAUUUUGGAUACUUCACAAAACAUAUUUUAUUCCAGUUUUAUUUAUUGUUAUACUUGCUACAUCUAAUUUGUCAUUAUUAACCCAUGAGGGCAUUUUGCCUGUUUUGCUAUUCCAAUCAUUUCUUUAAGCACAAAACAUCUUUCAAAGCUCAAUCUCCCCUAUGGGAUACCUAGAUUUAAUACUUUCAUCCUAUACAAAUGUAGCAGGUCAAAAAAUGCAGCACUCUCAUGAUAUCAUUUUACACAAGCAUGUUGUUAUAUCUAGUAAUCUUUGCAUAGGAACAGAACACCUUUUAUUUAAGUGCGUGUGCACAUGCCCAUUUUGGAUCGUAAUUCUCUGUAAUACAGUAUAUUAUAUGAAAAACAUUCAAUGAGGAGUAUGUUUUUUUUUUUUUUGUUCAUUGGGAAUUGACGGAGUGAAGGGGGAAAAAUGAAAUACUGUUGCAUUAAUAGGCUUAUCUGUUUUUGAAAAAAAAAACGCUUUCUUGCAGCUACUUACCUUCCAGAAGCUCCAGCUGUUGCUUGACACCAGAACACAAAUGUCAUUUCAGUCCAUACGUGGCUUGUUGUUAUUGUAUUACUAGUUGAAAAGGUUGAUUAAGAUUUUUAUACCUGACAAAGUUUUUGCAAGCGGUCAGACAUGAAAUGUCACAAGACAGUCUGGCUGCUUCUCUGCUAGUCUGUCCAUUGAAUGUUGUGUCAAUUCUGUGUCUUUAUGGCAAGAAACUGGCUUACUUUUUCUGGGGGUAUGUUGAUAUUCAAGAUGUCCUCAUGGUAGCAUUCUGUUUUCCCCAUGUUUUGUCACGUAUUAAAUAAAGCAGUAGUGUCUCA